AUCUUUUUUUCUCGAAGCAUUUCUUUUCUAAGAUAUGUUCUUCUCUCUCGACUUCUCCCUCUGAACUAGAAACUCUCCUCGCCUCUCAUAUCUUCUAUGUUCUUUUCUUUCAUUUUAAGGUAAGGGUCCCUCCUAUUUCAUUUCUAGUCUAACUGCUUUUAUGGAGUGAUUGUGGGGAUUAUUUUUUCUGUCGGGUUAAGGUUUUAAUUUGAUUCCAAGGAUUUACGGUACUCAUUUUCAUCUUCUUGUUGCAAAGUUUGAAACUUUACCAGUGAUAAGAGUUGAGUAGAGUCUAAUUAUUUCCCAAGUCUUUCGUUUUCUUCAUAGAAUACGACGAGAUCACGUUGUUCCACUGGAUUAAUUGCUUUAGCUGUUUUGAUCCGAUCUGCUUAAUUUCUUAGUAUCCCUUUUAUUUUCUCGAUUGUUUAAUGGGCAGAAAUUAAAAAGUUUGGAUCUGAAAUUGGAUUCAUGGUUGUCCCGACUCUGUGAUCCUAAACUCUUUAUGCAUAGGCCUACGGUAGUCCCUCGUAAUUCCUUUUGAAGUUUCCUUAGUUUCCAGAUGUAGGCCAAUCUCUGGCGGUAUCUUCCAGAAACGCGUUUACGUAUGUGUAUAUAUAGGAGUAAGUUAUAUCCUGCAUGUAUAAUUUUAUUUGAACAUCCCGUAAGAAAACCCUAUUUAUCAACACCAAAGCUUAGAAAGAGAUAAAGUUGAAAAAAAUCAUGGAGGGAUUUGGUGUUAUAGGUAAUGAGUUAUUAUUACCUAAGUUUCCUCCUCUCACGGGUUGUACUAGUCAUCCUAUUAUGGGCAAUGAGUUAUUACUUUCUGAGAUAUUGACUAGGGUCCCUGUAAAACCACUCAUGAGGUUCAAGUGUGUAUGCAAACAAUGGUACUCCUUGAUACAUACAGAUCGAAGCUUCAUCGAUUUACACUUCACACGAUCAAAAGCAUGUAAUUUUGCUGCUGGUGACGGUAGUGUCUCCCUUUUUAGGUGCUGGUAUCAACUUCGUGUUUUCUCCUCAGCUGAACUAUUACUGUCUCAAGGAGGAGUAAAGACUGUUGAAAGGGAAAUAUCUAUACCAGGAUCUUGUUUAGCACACGUUUUUGGAGCUGUCAAUGGGUUGAUUUCUGUAGUAGAACCCAGCACAUGUUCUAUUCGUGUGUUUAAUCCGAGCACGGGACAGUCAACGCCUUGGAUAAAAUCCAUGAUUAAACAACUGAAUGAAAAUCCGCAGGAGGAAAUACUAGUUAUAGAUAAAGAUGGUGAUUAUGCAACUCACAAGGUUACUUAUGGUCGUGGACCGUGGGAUUACUUUGGGUAUGAUCCUGCCGCUAAAGAACACAAAGUGAUUACUAUCUGGACCAAGCGAGUAUCCAACUGGCGCGGAUUUUCACCUUGUGGAACUGUGUGUGAGGUCAUGACAGUUGACGGCAGACAACGCAACAACAAUCUAUUAUGGAGAAGGCUUGAUGACGAGCUCUCACUUCCGCCAACAAUUUCACCAUUGUACUUCUCAUCAUCCCUUUAUGCAAAUGGUUGCAUUUAUUGGUUAUCUCGCGCAACUCCUGAUAAGGAACCUUUGGUUGUCGAAUUUAAUGUCGGGAGCGAAAAAUUUAGAGUAAUUUCAAUUCCCAAUUACAUCAUUGAAGAAAUUCGUUAUCCUUAUUAUAGUAGGUUGAUACAAAUCGGUGGUCGUUUAGCUGUGUUAGCUUUGAAGAUAAGGUGGGAUGCUGAGUUUCCUUCAAUAAAUAACAACACAUCGAUGAAGAUGUGUGUGUUAUAUGAUGAUGGCGAUGAUGUUCAACACAAGAAACUGACAGAUAUCAGUAAUGCAACAACCUCUAUAAGCAGCGCAGACACUGUUAGUAAUUUCUAUUGGAUAGAAGAGACCUUCAUAGUACCGCCUUUUGAAUGUAAACUGCGAAUAAGUAAUUCCAUUUUAGCUGUUCCGGAUACAGAUUUGUUCAUCAUAAAAUCCGAAGAAGGGGAUGAUCUGUCAUUCUAUUUUUACGACUGGAGGAAGAAGAGUUUUAGCAAGGAUGCACAGUUUAUUCUGAAGGAUCAAAAGUCUCACUUUCGUGAACCACUUCCGUUUGGGGCUUUCAUUUACAAAGAAAGCCUCCUGCCUGUGCCCACUAGAGAAGUUUAGACCAAUAGGAAUCUUGGACUUCUUUUUUGCUGUUUUUGUUGCAUCCGGAAGUGUAUUGGUACUCUUUGUUCUUUGUUACUAGUGAAGAGAUGCAAAUUCUAAAAUGGAUGUUUGAUCUGAUUUGAUUUGUUUCUUUUGGUAAUCUCUUCUCUUUUCGAUGGUGAAGUCAGACUUCUUCAAAUGGUAGUCUUAUUCAAUUCUGGACCUUGGUUUAUUGGGUUUGUCUGGGCGAGUUGGAUGCAGGGAAAUAUUGGAUUAGUUGCAUAAGACAAUAUGAAUUUGGUGUUCUAAAAGUUUUUGGUGUUACUGCUUCUGUGCUCAAAAUGAGGUCUGUGUUUUUAUAUAUUCGUGGAAGUUCUUGUUCUAGACGAUAAGAAGCUGGGAUGUCAACUUGUCGUUAGAGAAGAUUUGAUUGGCCAAUCUGCAAAUGAUGCUGCUAAGGCUGAGAUGGUUCUAUUAUUUCUGCCUCAAAACAUCUAUUCUAUAUCUAUGUUACUCGUAUGAUUUUGAUUUUAUCAUCUCUUCAUUGAUGACUUCGUACCCAGAGGAAAAGGUUUUCCCUUUUCUAUCUUCAAAGUUUAAGUCUCAGGUCCCAUUGGUAACUAUGAGUGAUUUUCGGAUUUCCAAAGUCUACUAGUAAUUUUCAAGUUUCUACUCAGUAUCAUCUUCUAUGGUUCUUCUUCUUAUUAUACAGUAUUUUUUGUUUUCUUUUCUUUAAUUUUAUCAUUAUAUUUUUGCGGAUAGGGAAACAUAUAAGCCAGAUUAUCAUCAACUUAUAUUCUUAUAUAACAGUUCAGUGCUCUUGGCAUUUAUGAGUGAUAUAAAGUUAUGUUGCUUA